CUCGCAAGCUUCCGCGAGAAAUUGUCAAACAUGGCGUCGCGUAGCCAUGUGGAUAAUGCAAAAGUAUCCCCUGAAGUGGUUGAAAGAAGACUUCGACCUAUUUAUGAUUGUUUGGAUAAUGGAAAUAAUAAGAAAGCAUUACAAGAGGCUGACAAAGUGUUGAAGAAGCAGAAAGAUCUCCAAUGUGCCAGGGUACUGAAGUCACUGGCUUUGUUGAGACUUGGUCGCCAUGACGACAGUUCUGUUAUCCUCCAUGACGUGCACGACCAGCAUCCGACAGAUGAGGCCACAUUACAGGCGAUGGCCAUCUGUUACAGGGAAAUACAUAAAU